AUGUUUUUCGCCGCGCCCAAGAUCGCGGUCUACGAACUUCGGACUCAAAAGGCCUCAAACAUGAUCUCCAUGUCCUCCCUCUUUCAUCCCUCGCUGAAAUGGCGACCUUAUCUGCGGCCUUCGCAUUUGUACCAACAGACCCCAGAUGAGACAAGCAAAUGCCGAAUGUUGCAAACGCUCGUCGGUGGUCUUUCUGUCGAAAGCUGGGACUUGGGCGUGCAGGCCCUGUUUUUUGAAUUCUGA